AUGCACCUCCUCCCCAUAAUUCUCACCUCCCUCCUCACCCUCCACACAAUCACAACAACAGCCUUCAAAACCUGCACCCUCCCAACAAAAAACACAGACCCUUUCGAAACCGCAACACCCGAAGAAGUCGGCCUCAGCACAGCCGAAAUCAACGAAUCUCCUGCCUACGCCAAUACCCACAGACACGCCUCGAUCCAAAUCUUCCGCAACAACUGCCUCAUCCGAAAAGGCCUCUUAGACCCAGUAACCGACAAUCUCCCCUUCCAUAUCUUCUCAAUCACAAAAUCCGUCGUGAGCAUCCUCGCGGGAAUUGCAGUUUUCGACGGAAAACUAAACCUCUCCUCUCCCAUCUCCGAGUACCUCCCCGACGGACCAGGCUGGGGUGACGAAGCCCCACAGAGCAAUAACCGUCCACGACAUCUUGACCGAAACAGCCGGGAGCGAAGCGGUCCUGGCCGAGCUAGCAACCGUGGCAAUAGACGCAAGCAGUAUCCAAGAAUUCCUCGCGCAGAAACUCCUCCAUGA